GACUGCACGGCUAUCUCCACUCCUGCUAUCCAAGAAAAGUAAGCUCUCGCCACUCCGUGCGAACCCCAGUCGACGGCCGAUGCUCCGCCGCAUCCGCAUCUCCACUCCUGUCAUCGGAGGAAAAAAAGCUCCCGUACGAACUCCCGACGCCGAUGCUCCGCGGCAUCCGCACCCGCCUCCGUCGCCGCCCCUCCCCCUCCUGCACCUAGCCGGCGUCCGUUCUCCGCCUCCCUCUCCGCCACUCGUCCGCCUCCACCAGUACCGCACCACCAGCACGCCGAUGUCCCGCAUCCACCUCCACCUCCACCAACACCGCCGCCUCUUCUCCUCCACCUCGCCGCCCUCGCGCUCCUGGUCUCCCCACGAAGCCUUUGCCGCGGCCACAGAGCGCGUCCGCGCCGGGAAUUUCAGCUGGGAAGACGCACACAACCUGUUCGACGAAUUGCUGCGGCAGGCCACCCCGGUCCCCGGGCGCUCCCUCAACGGCUUCCUUGCCGCCCUCGCCCGUGCGCCCGCCUCCGAAGCCUGCAGAGAUGGUCCCGCCCUCGCCCUCGCUCUCUUCAACCACGUCUGCCGGGACGAAUCCGGCGCGCGGGUGGCACCGCCCACAAUCUUCACGUACGGCAUUCUCAUGAACUGCUGCUGUCGUGCGCAUCGCCCGGACCUAGGGCUAGCCUUCUUCGGUCGCCUCCUCAGGACGGGCCUGAAGGCUGACCUGAUCGUCGCCAACACCCUCCUUAAGUGUCUCUGCCGCGCGAAACGGACGGAUGAGGCUGUGAACGUGCUGCUUCAUAGGAUGUCUGAGCUCGGCUGUGUGCCUGAUGCCUUCUCAUACUCCAUUGUUCUCAAGAGCUUAUGCGACAAUGGCAUGAGUCAGCAGGCGCUCAACCUGCUCCAUAUGAUGGCGAAAGUAGGAGGUGGCUGCUCCCCCGACGUGGUGGCGUAUAGCACAGUCAUCCAUGGCUUCUUUAAGGAAGGUGAAACAGGCAAGGCAUGCAAUCUGUUCCAUGAAAUGAUGCAGCAAGGUGUUGAGCCCAAUGUGUGGACAUAUAGUUCAAUCAUUGAUGCAUUGUGCAAGGCCAGAGCAAUGGACAAGGCAGAGCUAGUGCUUCAGCAGAUGGUUAACAAAGGUGUUCAACCCGAUAAUGUGACAUAUAAUUGCAUGAUCCAUGGAUAUUCCACAUCUGGGCGGUGGAAAGAGGCUGUUAAAUUGUUUAGAGAAAUGAAAAGCCGGGGCCUUAUACCAGAUAAUUUUACUUGCAACUCCUUAAUGACUUACCUUUGUAAGCAUGGAAGAAGCAAAGAAGGUGCAGAAUUUUUUGAUGCCAUGACUGCCAAAGGGCACAGAGAUGUCAUCUCCUACUAUAUUUUGCUUCAUGGGUAUGCCAAUGAAGAAUGCUUUGCUGAUAUGAUUGAUCUCUUUAAUUCAAUGGAAAGAAACGGUAUUGCUGCCAACUGCCGUGUUUUCAACAUAUUAAUUAAUGGAUAUGCUAAACGUGGAAUGACGGAUGAAGCUAUGCUGAUAUUUACAGAAAUGUGGGAAAAAGGAGUGAGUCCCAAUGUAGUCACAUAUUCCACUGUAAUAGCUGCACUUUCCAGGAUGGGUAGGUUGACUGAUUCUAUGGAAAAAUUUAAUCAGAUGAUUGCCAUGGGAAUUCAGCCAAACACAGCUGUUUAUCACUCCCUAAUUCAGGGUUGUUUUAUGCAUGGUGGCUUGGUUAAAGCUAAGGAGCUGAUGUUUGAAAUGAUGAACAAAGGUAUUCCUCGUCCUAACAUUGUUUUCUUCAGUUCAGUAAUAAACAGUCUGUGCAAAGAAGGAAGGGUUAUGGAUGCACAUGCUGUCUUUGACUUGGCUAUAGGCAUCGGUGAGAGGCCUAAUGUCAUUACAUUUAAUUCACUGAUUGACGGAUAUUGCUUAGUUGGGAAGAUGGAUAAAGCAUUCAAAAUACUUCAUGUCAUGGAAUCAGUUGGUGUUGAGUCUGAUGUUGUUACUUAUAGCGCACUUCUUGAUGGCUAUUUUAAAAACAGAAGGAUUGAUGAUGCUUUGACUUUGUUUAGAGAAAUGCCGCGCAAGAGAAUUAAACCUAACACUGUUACAUAUGGCAUCAUGUUGGGUGGGUUGUUUCAUGCUGGGAGAACUGUUGCUGCAAUGAAAAUGUUCCAUGAGAUGAUUGAAAGUGGAGCAACAGUGGACAUUUCCAUAUACAAUAUAAUACUUGGAGGUCUUUGUCAAACUAAUUGUGUAGACGAAGCGAUUGCACUGUUCCAGAAAUUGCGAGCAAUGAAUGUGAAGUUCAAUAUUGAAAUAUUCAAUACCAUGAUUGAUGCAAUGUACAAGGUUCAAAGAAAAGAAGAAGCUAAGGAAUUGUUUGCUGCAAUAUCAGGCAAUGGGUUGGUGCCCAAUGAAUAUACUUAUGCAGUAAUGAUAAGAAAUCUUCUAAAAGGCGGAGCAGUGGAAGAUGCUGACAAUAUGUUUUCAUCAAUGGACAACAGUGGCAUCGUUCCUAGUUCCCGUCUUAUAAAUGAUAUCAUCAGAAUGUUGUUGGAAAAAGGUGAGAUAGCCAAGGCUGGCAAUUAUUUGUCUAAAGUUGAUGGGAAGAGUAUCUCACUUGAAGCUUCAACUACCUCAUUGAUGUUGUCUCUCUUUUCAAGGAAAGGGAAACAUCUGGAGGAUAUUAAGUUGCUCCCUGCAAAGUAUCAAUUUUUUGAUGGAUUUGGUUGACUAGUUGAUAUGCUGCAUACGAGACUAACUCCUCGGAAAGCACAGUAUGUUAUUGCUUCCGAAAGCUCUCCUGCCAGAACAACUGUAUAAGAAAUCCGAACUUUCUACUUGUAUGGUUGAGUUCAUUUUGCAGUGUGUCCAGAUCACAUGAAAGUGACAUGUCUAUGAAUCUUUUAAUCUUGGAUGGGCAAGGAAAGGUAGACAAUUAGUCUAACGCGUCUGGUUACAAUUUUAGGGGUAAUUACUUCUGAUGGCGAUUGGGAAAAGAUAGGAGCCUCUUUGAUUUAAAGGAUUUUGCAUAUGAAUUCUUUGUUUGAUUUGUUGCGUUUUAUCUUAUGGAUUUUUGCACAGCAUAUUCAAAGAAAUUUUCUAUGGAA